AUGGCUUGGCUGGAUGCCUUCUAUUCGGACGCUGUUGGAAUGGUUGUAAAAGAUUCGACUGCUGCGUUUGACAAGGUGGUUGAGGAUCCAGGACAGGUGCAGUACAAUUCAAGACCCUUUCCGAAAAUUGGCAACAUCCGGGUGCCGUACUGCUCAGCUGCUAAAAGCCUCGCCAUCUUGGCAUUUCGGGAGAAGGUUUCGGUUGAGAAUUUCUCUGGACAUGAGCGGAGAGCUAGACUUUCAGCUUGUGCCACCUCUGUGUACAUCGAAAAUUUCUUUAACCUUCUUCUAAGAAAGACAGUCGAGAAGUUCGUCCGUGACAUGGGGUUACAGGACAUUGACUGCAUGGACCUGCAUGGAAUUGAUCGUGAGAGCCAAACUGCAUGGAAUACAGCUGCUUCUUUUUCGCCAUUAGCGCUGAUGUUGGCCGCUCUGGUGACAAUUCAUCGCCUUCCCGUCACUGCAUGCGAGAGCUUACCAGCGCCCCUGGACUUUAUUGAGUUCAAUGCCGUGGCAUUGACUUCAAUCGAGUCCAGCUGCUCCCACGAACCUCUUACAGUGAGUCUGGAUGGAAUCAGUGCGGAGGAGGUCAUCGAAGGUGCCGCGGUCGCGGUCACUCCCAUUCAGCCUGGAGAUUUUCUCAUUCUGGGUACGGACGGCCUGUUUGACAACCUCUCCGACUUCGAUGUCCAGCGCGUCGUGGAGGGCUGCUGCCACGACGCAGUGGGGAGGAUCGAAGAGCUGGAAGAGACCGCGGCAGCGCUGGUCGACCUGGCCAUCCGCAGCGUGCGCCUUGGGCCGGAUGCCGCGGCAGCGAAGCCCUGGACCCGCAGCGGAGUUCCGGCCAACAACGCCGACGAUACCACUGCGCUAGUUGCCGUGGUGCAGCCACAAGACGUGUCUUCCAUUGACGUGGCUGGUGAGCUUCACAUCAAGCGGGCAGAGGCCGCACGAGCAAACCGCAGGCGCAACAGGCGUGGGUUGAUGAACGCCUGUGGCGUGGCUUUGGGCCGCGGGAACGCGGAUGUUGCUAACGGCCGGCAGCCCAGUGCCGGCAGCCGCCAUCGGUCGUUGAGCGUGGAUCCGGCGAGUUCCAGUGAGGGGUGCGUAAUCGCCUGA